AUGGGUUUUAAAGUGCCUAGAUCUCAUCAUUGUUCAAGGUGUCGUCGAUGUGUUUUGUUAAUGGACCAUCACUGCCCUUGGGUUAAUAAUUGUGUUGGCGGCCGGAAUCAGUUUCACUUCAUUAGAUUUCUCUUUUUUGUAUUUAUUGGUGCUGUACAUUCAGCAAUUGUUUUGUCUAGUUGUUUGUACAAAGUUGUUACUACUGUCAUUUCUUUAUCAAAAACAAACCAAUCAAGUAUUUCACCGUCUCCCACGCCACAAUACUUAGAACCCCCCGAUUUGCCGAUUGCUUCAAUUUCAUUGUUCAGCGCUUCAGUGCUAGCUGUGGGGUUAACUUAUGGUGUUAUCUUUGCUGUUGGUGUUCUUUUAUUUAUGCAAUUGAGAAGUGUUUGGCAAGAUACAACAGGAAUUGAAGAAAUCUUUCCAGUUGCUGCAAGGAAUGCAAAAUCAGCAAAAACUUGGACAGAAUAUCGAACAAAUGGACUUGCUCGAGGAAGGAGAAGGAAGAGGAGUUGUAAUAAGAAAGAUAUGAUCUCUGAUGAUAAUAAUGGUAAUAAUGUUGACGAGUUUGUGGAAGAGUCAUAA